CCCCCGAGCGGCGCGCCCCUGUCUUUUCGUUCCGCCGCCGCACACCACCACCUUAGUGCGCGGUCUCUCGAUAUCCCUACAUCCCCACCGAGAGGCUGGAGGGCAGAUCUCUCUGAGAAGGCUGUGGUUCUGAACCCAUUCUUUCCCCCCCUCCCCAGAACUGCUCUGAGACCACAAAUACUUCAUCCCCACCAGACCCUCAUUUCCUGCCCAUUUAUGGUGCCAGCCUGGGGGGCUGCAGGGGGAACCCAAGUGGGCCCAGCUGUGAGGCCGGCAGUCACAGCCCUAUUUAAGCCCCGGCCGCAGCCUCUCACAUGAUGGGAGCAUGACUGCAGCAGCUCUGAGAAGCAGCAUGGUGCUGGGCAGGGAGCAGCUGUCCCAGUUCUUUAGGCCCUAUGGGGAGGUGGGCAGCGGGGAGAGCAGCCGGCUGCUACCCCAGACGUCCCAGCUGGUGGAGCUGCCCCAAUCCUCUGAUGAUGAUGAUGACAUCUUGCUGCUGGGGGAUGCGGAUGAUCCUGUGGCCAAGCAUGACCCAGAGGAGUGGUGUAGCACCCUCUGCAAGCCAAGUGCCUUCAGCCACUGUGCGCGGCACUUAGCCUUCCUCUGGAACCUCCUCUUCCUCCUGCUGGGCCUGCUGACCCUGGGCAUAGGGGUCUGGGGGCUGCUGGACAAGGGCUGGCUGCAGGGCGAGCGCUUGGCCCCACUGGGCUCUGACCCCAUGCUGCUUUUCGUGCUGGCAGGGCUGGGGGCCAGCACCGUGUCCCUGGCUGGUUGCCUGGGUGCCCUCCGCUCCAGCGUCUGCCUGCUGCGCUUCUUCGUGGGGGCCGUGUUGGCCUUUGUGGGGCUGGAGGUGCUGGGAGGACUGCUGCUGCUGGUGGCUCGGCAGCGGCUGCGGGACGCGCUGCAGGAUGCCCUGCUGCUCUGCCUGCUGCGCUACCAGGAGGAGCCCGACCUGCGCUUCCUGGUGGACGAGGUGCAGCACAGCCUGCAGUGCUGCGGGCUCAGCUCCUACCGUGACUGGGAGAGCAACCCGUAUUUCAACUGCAGCUCACCCGGUGUGCAGGCGUGCAGUGUCCCAGCCUCCUGCUGCCUGGAUCCAUGGCAGAACGGCUCCAUCACUAACGACCAAUGUGCCUUUGGGGUGCUGCACCUGGGGGACAUGGCAGCUGCUGGUGUGGUGCACCUGGGGGGCUGUGUGGUUCAGCUGGGUGCCUGGCUGCGUGCACAGGCUGGAGGCAUUGCCACCGGUGCUGCUGUGCUGGUGUUGCUGGAGGCCACCGGGCUGCUCCUGGCACUGAAAGUGCUGGCAGACAUUGCACCUGGUGGGACACAGGGCUGAGGGUGUGCUGUGGGGCUGGAGAGGAUGCUGAGCUCCCUGCGCUCUCCUUCCCAUCCUUUGUUGUACCUGUGCAUCCCAUAAUAAAUCUCUGAACCCUGCCUGGGUCUGGUCUAUCUCCUCUCCAUCCUAUCCUCUCCUGUGUGGUUGCCCACCCUCACAGCACAGGUAGAAGCUUUCUGGCCCCAGACCAUCACACCAGACUCCCGUGUUUAUUUCAGGUUUUAAUGAGUGUUUCUCCAAGCUAUGCCCCACUAUGUGGAUGGGGCAGUUUCUAAAAAAAGCACUGCUAUA